AUCUGUGCGCAAAUAAUGCAACUGAAAUGUCAAAUGGAUAACCUAAUUCAUCUAUCCCCGCAAGAUCGAAGUUUGUCGAAAUAUUCAGUAGGAUUAUUCUUAUUACUUCUCAUUGACAAGCCAUCAACUUUAAUCGCUAGUUGUCAACAUCAAAUGUGUGAUCACACGGUCGGACCCACGAAAUUGGUUGAACUUUUCAAUCUUGAUAGUGACUUCGAGAACGGUCAAAUCGACCCAUGGAUUGAGCAGUCGGAGUCUGGUGUCAAGUGGAGAGUCGAGAACAACAUUUUGCCUUGGGAGCCAGGAAAUGUGGCUCCUACACCGACCAACGGAUCGACUUAUCUCCGAGUUGAUCGUGGAUCGACUUUGUCGUUCGGUGUGGCUGUUCUGCGCAGUCAGACCUUCACCCUUGGGUCUGACACCGAAGUUUCCUUUUCAUUCUCCUUUUGGAUUCGUUCUAAAUGGCCACAAUUCACAAACCUGGAGUUGUAUCUGGCCAAAAAUGGAAAUGAAGGUUUGCUUUUAAAUUUGUACGAGUAUUCCCAUAUCAACAAUCGAGUUUGGCAGUCUCAGACCGUUUCAAUAACGGACGAUUCAUCCUCUAAUUUGACGUUGGUGUUUUACGCUUAUUGCGGGACGAAUGCUGAAGAUGCUGUCGCCAUCGACGACCUCCGUUUCAUUUCUUCUCAGCAGUCUGCGUCGACCACAUCGACUACACUGACCGAAACAUCUUCAUUAACGACUGCUACUCGAGUGACUUCAUCUACCACAUCUACUGGAACAACUCUGUGCACCACGUCCACCACGUCCAUUACCCCCACCACGUCCACCACAUCCACCACAUCCACCACGUCCACCACAUCCACCACGUCCACCACGUCCACCACGUCCACCACGUCUACCACGUCUACCACGCCAACAACCUCGACAUCUUCAAAUGAUUUUGAAUUGACGGAGAACUCAACGGGUCCUAUUACUUCUACGAUAAGCACAGAACUCCCUGAAACAUCAACGCCGGGUACGGAAACCGUUGAAACAUCACCACCAGCCAUUACAACCACAUCUGCUACUCCUUUACCAACCACCAGUGAUCAAACUACAACCGUUAUUGCUGAAGAAACGACAACAGAGGAGCAAUCGACAGGGACUACGUCAGUAGGAUCGACUGAAUUUACCGACAUAACAGACGCUAUAACAACGACCACCGAACCCGCAACAACUAUUUCAGAAGGAGAAGAUUGUCCAUCGUAUUUGAAAGGAAAUACUAAACUGCCUUGCUGGACCUUGGGUGGGAAAUGUUAUUGCUUUUUCACCGACGCCGUCGGCAAGAAUUGGAUAUCCGCGGAUACCUUUUGUAAAGAUGAAGGUAUGGGUUUGCUCAGUCUUGAAACUGUAGAGGAGGACAAGUUAAUUUACGACCAUAUCAAAAUUACACCAGAGUUGAACAGCGUCAGCUAUUGGACUUCAGGGAUGUAUUCCCUGGAUGGAGAAAAAAUAUGGGAAUGGGCAUCUACAGAACCCUUUCAGCCGUUCACUUACGUGAAUUGGAGUCCAGGCCAACCUGAUAACAACGGACCGGGUUAUUGCCUUCACCUUGAUUUAAUCAAAACUUUUAGUGCUGGUUAUUGGGCUGAUAUAUUUUGCACUAAUUCUUUCAGAUUCAUUUGCGAAUCAAUUGAUUAACUUGGUAAAAUCCAGAUGUAAUAAAUAGAUCUGCAAUUAUUUAUUUAUAUUUUUCGUGUAAAAUUUUUUUUAUAUCAGUGUGUUAUCAAUUCGAAAUUUAUACGAAAAUAAAAAUACACCGGC